CAUAAGAAAUGUUCCAUGAUGCAAGGGAGAUUAUCACUUCCUCCCUCUGUGGUUUGAGCUGCUAAAAAGGGCUGAGCAGAAUAUCCUCACAAGCCUCCUGUAAAAUGGAUCAUGAAGUGGUGGGCUGCUUUGUCCUUCUGGUCAUCAUCACUCUUUUAAGUGUGGUCCAAAAUGCCUUUUUUGCAAGCAAAGUAGAACUGGAAAGCAAGAGCUACACGAGCAAAACAUUUCAACGGGCUGGGCCAUCUGCGUUUGAGCGCGUCUUUACUGCCAACCAAAACUGCAGAGAUGCCUAUCCUACGUUUCUUGCCGUGCUUUGGUGUGCGGGCUUACUGUGCAGCCAAGCUCCUGCUGCCUUUGCUGGACUCAUAUACUUGUUUGUGAGGCAAAAGUACUUUGUUGGCUACAUGGGGGAAAGGACACAGAGCACUCCAGGCUACAUUUUUGGAAAACGCAUCAUAUUAUUCCUGUUCCUAAUGUCUGUUGCUGGAGUCCUCAACUAUUACCUGGUCCUCUUUUUCGGAAGUGACUUCGAAAUGUAUAUAAAAACCAUAACAAGCACCAUCUCCCCACUGCUGCUUAUUCCUUAAACCUCUUCAGUAAGGGGGCGGAGAUGGUGAGAGAGAAUGGAGAAGGUCAGCGCGUGCUUAGCCAAUCGAUAUCCAGAAGCAGAUGUUUGAAAUGAACCUACAAAACCUCUUUUAGAUUGCCAUAAAUCUAAAGCUCUAUGGGAUUUUGUAGUUUUGAUUUAACAUUGCCUUUCUGACCAGAAAAUGAUUUAUCAUGCACAUUUGGCACAUCUUGGAGAGAAGAGUAAUCUGUCCCAGUAAAUUAUAGUGGGCCCUUCUAUAAAUGGCAACUUACUUGUGUUUGGUCAUUGAAUUAUUAAGUUUAAGGGUUUUUUUUAAACUUUGCUAUCAACAUUUUUUACAAGACACAAUGACUUAAUGCCUAAUUUUGUAGUCUUCAUGAAUUUAUAAGUUAUCUGACAGCUCAGGCACCCAUAUGGGUAAGAGUAGAUCCAGAUACUUGGCAGUUUUCUUGUAUAAGUAUUUACACAUGCACACAGCAUGAUUGUUGUUAUCACAUUAACUUAACAUAGAUAAAAAUAAAUUAUAUGGUGUAUCUUUUUCUUUUUAUGGCACACUGUCUCAGAGCAUGCUGGUAUUUUAAAUAAAACCAUUUACGAUUGUGAAA